CGGUUGUCUCAGAGAAGCGCCCAGUGACGUCACCGGCGCCCGGACAGGCUCGUAACCCAAGGUGCCGGUAGCUCGGGGCGGCGUGUUACUGGUGGAACGCAUGCGCCUCCCAUCCACAUCAGACCGGGAGAGAGGCGGCUGCUGAGUGAGGACCGGAGGCUGCUGUACGGCUCCUCCUCUGUGCACAGCAUCACACCGGAACCAGCAUAGCCUGCUCCGAGCUGCGGACACCGGCGAGCAGAUCUUCCCAUCAUCUAAAGUGUAGCUGAGCUGCAGAGAAAUAACAACACAUGGAAAAGAAGACAAAGUUAUCACCAGCCCUGGCUGAGCCAGGGAAAUCCUCAGCAUCCUCUCCGCCAUCUGUUCAGGACGAAGAAGGACUACAAAUCGAUGAUGCCCAGGCGGGCAGGCCCCUGGGUCCCACUCCAAGUCAAAGCCGCUUCCAAGUGGAUCCGGUCAGUGAAGGAUCCCGGGAAGCAGCUACCGGGGAUCAAGAGCCUGCUGUAACUCAUAGAGGAAGAGGGGGUUCAGGCGGAGAGGAAGCCAAAGGUCGAUUUAGGGUAAACUUUGUGGACCCGGCUGAUACAGAUGGGAGCUCUCCUGAGAUGCCAAGUGGUGAAGGUGGAGGUGGGGUGAGCUUUCAGAAUGGAGACACAGUGUUAAGUGAAGGGAGCCUGCAUUCUGGUGGAACUAGUCAUCACUACCACUAUGAUACUCACACCAAUACCUAUUACCUGCGGACCUUUGGGCACAACACCAUUGAUGCUGUGCCCAGGAUUGAUCACUAUCGGCACACAGCGGCAGAUCUUGGGGAGAAGUUACUGAGACCCAGCUUGGCAGAGCUGCAUGAUGAACUGGACAAGGAACCAUUUGAAGAUGGUUUUGCCAAUGGAGAAGAAGGAACCCCAACAGGAGAUGCUGUGACCAACCAUGUGGCUGAUAGCAAGGGAGUAGUAAAAUUUGGAUGGAUUAAAGGAGUAUUGGUACGAUGCAUGCUAAAUAUUUGGGGAGUGAUGCUAUUCAUCCGGUUGUCAUGGAUUGUCGGCCAUGCUGGAAUUGGCUUAACUAUUGUUGUCAUUGGCAUGGCUACUGUGGUGACGACUAUCACUGGAUUGUCUACUUCGGCCAUUGCUACAAAUGGAUUUGUGAGAGGAGGAGGUGCGUACUACCUAAUUUCCCGAAGUUUGGGACCUGAAUUCGGAGGUGCAAUUGGGCUAAUUUUUGCAUUUGCCAAUGCUGUAGCAGUUUCCAUGUAUGUUGUAGGCUUUGCUGAAACUGUUGUGGAAUUACUACAGGAAAACAACGCUAUAAUGGUGGAUGAAUUGAAUGACAUCCGAAUCAUAGGUGCAAUUACGAUUGUUCUGCUGCUGGGUAUCUCUGUGGCAGGAAUGGAGUGGGAAGCAAAAGCCCAGAUCGUGCUGUUAGUGAUUUUAUUACUUGCGAUAGUUGACUUCUUUAUAGGAGCCUUUAUUCCCAUGGAAGACAAGAAGUCCAAGGGAUUCUUUAGUUAUAAAGCUGAUAUCUUCAACGAAAACUUUGGACCCGACUUUCGGGAAGGAGAAACCUUCUUUAGUGUCUUUGCUAUUUUCUUCCCUGCUGCGACUGGUAUCUUAGCAGGAGCAAAUAUCUCAGGUGAUCUUGCUGACCCUCAACUAGCCAUACCAAAAGGCACAUUGUUGGCCAUUCUUGUAACAACUAUUGUCUACAUGGGUGUCGCAGUGUCUGUAGGCUCAUGUGUUGUACGAGAUGCAUCCGGUAAUGUCAAUGAUACCCUUUCCUCUACUGUGACAAACUGCACUCAAGCUGCUUGUAAAUUAGAUUAUGACUUUUCAUACUGUAUACCAGACUGUAAAUAUGGACUUAUGAACAACUUUCAGGUCAUGAGCAUGGUGUCUGGAUUUGCACCACUCAUUACAGCAGGAAUUUUCUCAGCCACUCUUUCAUCAGCACUUGCCUCCUUAGUGAGUGCACCCAAGAUUUUCCAGGCCCUAUGCAAGGACAAUAUUUAUCCUGGUCUUCAGCUAUUUGCUAAAGGAUAUGGCAAAAACAACGAACCACUUCGAGGAUAUCUGCUUACUUUCAUAAUUGCAUUGGGAUUCAUAUUAAUUGCUGAACUUAAUUUGAUCGCUCCGAUCAUUUCAAACUUCUUCCUGGCAUCAUACGCCUUAAUAAACUUCUCAGUGUUUCAUGCUUCACUUGCAAAGUCUCCAGGUUGGCGUCCAGCCUUCAAGUACUACAACAUGUGGGUGUCCCUUCUUGGAGCCCUCCUUUGUUGUGGAGUCAUGUUCGUUAUUAACUGGCAAGCUGCUCUUCUAACAUAUGUCAUAGUCAUUGGCUUAUAUAUAUACGUAACCUACAAGAAGCCUGAUGUAAAUUGGGGCUCCUCAACACAAGCCUUGACCUAUCUGAAUGCACUGCAGCACACAAUUCGGCUGGCGGGUGUAGAAGACCAUGUGAAAAACUUUAGGCCUCAGUGUCUUGUCCUAAUUGGUGCUCCAAAUUCACGUCCAGCUCUUCUUCACUUAGUGCACGCCUUUACUAAAAAUGUUGGUUUGAUGAUCUGUGGUCAUGUGCACAUGGGCCCUCGAAGACAAGCUUUAAAAGAGCUGCUUACAGACCAGGCUAGAUAUCAGAGGUGGCUUAUUAAAAACAAAAACAAAGCCUUCUACUCACCAGUACAUGCAGAAGACCUGAGGGAUGGAGCGCAGUAUCUUAUGCAGGCUGCAGGUUUGGGGAGAAUGAGACCAAAUACUCUGGUGGUCGGCUUUAAGAAUAAUUGGAUUCAGUCAGAUAUGAAAGAUGUUGAGACCUACAUUAACUUAUUACAUGAUGCUUUUGACUUUCAAUAUGGCAUAGUUGUGAUUCGUCUGAGAGAAGGCCUAGAUAUUUCACAUCUCCAGGGCCAAGAGGAAUUGCUAUCAUCACAAGAGAAGUCUCCUGGCACCAAAGACGUGGUAGUAAAUGUAGACUAUAGUAAAAAGACAGAGGCAGAGUCUUCAAGGCCUUUCUCCAGUGACACCAGUCCAAUGAUGAGGAAAGAUGAGGAAGACGAUGGAAAGACACAACCUACACAGCCUCUGUUGAAAAAAGACUCCAGAGGUCAAGGUGUGGCUCUGAACAGUUCAGACCAGAGACUUCUGGAUGCCAGCUUACAAUUUCAGAAGAAGCAAGGAAAAAGCACAGUUGAUGUGUGGUGGCUCUUUGAUGAUGGAGGUUUGACGUUGUUAAUCCCAUACUUACUUACAACCAAAAAGAAGUGGAGCGACUGCAAGAUCAGAGUGUUUAUUGGUGGAAAGAUUAACAGGAUAGAUCAUGACCGCAGAGCGAUGGCAACGCUACUCAGCAAGUUCAGAAUUGACUUCUCCGACAUCAUGGUUCUUGGUGAUAUCAACACAAAGCCAAAGAAAGAAAAUGUGGCAGCCUUUGAAGAGAUGAUUGAACCAUUCAGGUUGCACGAAGACGAAAUGGAACAGGAUGUAGCUGACAAAAUGAAAGAGGAAGAACCGUGGAGAAUAACUGAUAAUGAGUUAGAACUUUAUAAGACAAAGACUCACCGUCAGAUUCGGUUAAAUGAAUUGUUGAAGGAGCACUCAAGUACAGCCAAUGUUAUUGUCAUGAGUCUGCCAGUUGCAAGAAAAGGUGCUGUGUCCAGCGCACUUUACAUGGCUUGGCUAGAGGUACUUUCUAAAGAUCUCCCACCCAUCCUGCUUGUCCGUGGAAAUCACCAGAGCGUCCUUACUUUCUACUCCUAAAUGCUGCCAGCUGCAAAGCCCCAGAGAAAUGGUACUUCAGUGGCUGGAGUGCAGGCAUCAUCACAUUCUAUAAACCCCCAGAACUUCUUAAUUCUUGAUUUUACAGACUUGAAAGCACACGGAAGAAAGUAACUUUUUCCACACUUGAGAAUCUAUAGCAGUUUUUCUGCUCUGUUACAUUACCGGUGGAACCUGGCUACAUAAGGGAGAUUCCUAUGUAUGGGACUCAAAUACAUGGAAGUUUGUUUCUUUGCUACUUGAAAAGCAGCAAUAAAAGCGUGUUUGUUUUUACUUUGACCAGUGAAAGGAUUCUAGAUUUGUAAAAGCCUUUAGCCUUGAGGUGCCUUUUUGAAAAUUAACCAAACUUCAUCCAUACCCCCUUUUUUACAAACUUGUAUAGAAUGUACAAUCUGCCUUUCAGCUAGGACUUUAGAUCAAAAACCUUUAGUUUCUAGUUUCUUCCAUCUUGACGAUAACUUAUGCUGCUUCUCCGUCUUCCACCAAGCUACUCACACUAUUGUCAUAAAUGUUAUUUUUUUAUAUAUUAUUUUUUUCUUUUAAAUGUCUGUUAGAAAAAAUGCACAGGGUUUGAACAAGACAGCUAUUCCAACAAUAAAAUAAAAAAAAUUGACCAUAUUGGUGUAUUGAAACAAAUGAGCAGAUUAUACGGACCUUACUGUACAGUUAUAGUAAUGUCAAAAGCAUUAAAGGUGAGUGUUGCACACAAUGGUAGAACACUACUUUGAAUGAACUCUAUCUUUAUGCAUAAAGUUGCACCAAUAUGAUAUAGUCGUAUCUUUCUUAUGGUUCAUUGGUUGUGUGUUUGUUUGGGGAUUUUGGAUGAUUGUUACUGGCCCUUCAGAGACCUGUUGUACGUGAAUAAUAAAACAAAUUAGUUAUGAUAGAUUUUCUCAGGUUAAUUCUUUAGUGAUAUUCAAUUGGUAAUCUAAAUUCAUUCAUAGCAUCCAUAUACAAGGGAGGCAGCCAUAUUUGCCUUUACCCACUAUUCAUUUUACGAAUAUGACGAACAAUAUCAAAUAGUCAUUUGACAAUGGUGCCAUUAGCUCCAGUGAACAAGUAGACUUAUUUCGAUAGGAAUGCAAAUAUAGUCAGGUAAGGAUGACCUCUACCAUUGAUACUUGAUUGAAUAAUAAUAGUAGAACAAUACUCUUAAGCAUUUCUUAAGCUGAGUUUCCAUAUUACAUAGUGGGAUGUUGAAGCUUAUGCCAAGAAUCCUUAAUGCAAUGGCUUAUAAGUGCAAUAACAUUAUUUGGGGAUAUUGUCUUGAUACUGAAUGAUUUUCUUGAGAGAUACCUUACUCAGUCUACAUUACUAUUUACUUACACCCAUAGGUUUAUUUUACAAAUACCUAGAGAAAAAAAAAAACAUUUUGUCAAUUUAUGUCUUUCAUUUUUUUGGGUUAGCGUCGAAUGUCUUUCUAUAUAUAGUUUUUAAUUAAUUUUUCAGAUGACAUAACAUAAGCUUUGCGUUCUAAAACAGUUUAAUUACUGUAUGUGUAUACUCUCUUUUAUGUAUAACGGACAGUAGCUUCUUUUAUGUCCUAGUAGGACAUUUUCUAAAACAGUUUAUGAAGAGGACUAGUCUGUGACUAUUAGAACUCUGAAGACGAUAAUCUAUGAGAAGUAUCAUCAUAAUUUGAAAAUUAUAAGUGCAUUCCAAGCCUUUCUAGUUAUAAAAUGUGGUUCUAUUUUAAUAUGUUAUAUUGCACAAAGCCUUGUAGACUGAAAUUCUAUAUAGCCAAUGUUGAACCCAGUGACUGGGCUCUUCUUAAAGGGUACUUCAUCAUUGUAUAGAAAAACCCAUUGAACAGAGCACAGGAUAUUAGGACAGUCUUAUUUUACUGCUCCAGCUGUUUGUUCUCUGGGAGUAGUAAUCUAUGGCCGUGACUAACACUAUUGAUGUGCAUUCUCCAGCAAGUUAUUAUGUACAUUAUUGUAUGCAUAAACAUCCUGUGCUCUGUUUAGUUAAAUUUGUCUUUACUAUGCCAGGAGGUCAUGAAGAUAUUGAAGGAAGUGCAUGGAUAGGUUACCAACCAAAUGUAUGCUGGUUUUAUUUGAUAACUUAUAUUAAAUGAAUUUGUGUCUUACAAGUUAAAAUAAAAAAGUCCCUGGUGUGUCAGAUUAUGUUCGGAACUGGGCAAAGGAAAGCUUGUUUGUGUUUUGCUAUCUAGAAAGAGUCUUGGGCAUUUAAUUUAUCUAAGAACAUCAUCUCUACUCACUACUUCUGAUUGUACUUCAUUGGUAGAAAGCCCAUAGGAGAUGUUCAUGAAGAUUGCUGUAUUGGUAUUACAGGUUUUAUGUGUAAUAUAGAAUUAUUUUUGAAAACAUAUAAUACCCUCUUGAUACGUUUUACCUGGGAAACAAGAAUUGUCACGUGUAACUAAUGUAGUAAACUGUAUAAAGUAAUAGUAACGUUUUGUAUUCAGAGCAUGUAUGUCUUAAUGUACUGAUCUGUUGUAUCGCUGCUUGGUUGAACACCUCACAGCUAUAUUUGUACAUAGCUUGUUUGGAAAUAGUACCCUGACGUACAUGAAAAUGCCUGAGAACCUAUUAGAACAAUUACUUUCAAGGACUUGACAAGUUUGCAGUUGGAAUGGAAGGAGGGGAAUAUAUCAAUUUUUUUUUUUUUUUUUUUUUUUUAAGUAAAAAGCAAGAAAAAUACAAAAGUACUCUAAACCCACAUAAAUUUACAUUUCUAGGACCCAACAAUUAUCCUAUUGGCACAACCUCUAUGUAGGGCAUAUAGGCGUCAUAGUAGACAAGACUCCUAGCUCAGGACCCCUAUUUGAACCAGAGCAAAUAGCUGCCAGCAAUUUAAUCUGUUUCCUGGGGGGCUUAGGAAUGGCAGUCUCAUAUUAAUCAUGAGACCUCCUGAAAAGAUAUGUGCAGAAAACAUAGUUCUACAUCUAUGGGUUUUGUUAUAUCCUUAAAGGGGUUAUCUAACAUUAGAGAAAAAGAGCUGAUUUCUUCAAAGCUGCACCACAUUUGUCUCCAGGUUGGGUGUGGUUUUGCAGUUCAGUUUCAUUGAAGUAAAUGGAGCCAAGUUAUAAUACCAAACACAACCUGCGGGCAGUUGUGGUGCUGUUUUUGGAAGAAAUUAGCUUUGGUUUUUUUCUUACUGCAUAACCCCUCUAACUUAGCCCUCAGUAUAGCUAUCAUUUUAUUGUUCAUUUCAGUGCCUUUGGUGUGAUCUAAUAAAUAAUAUUGAAAAAGAUGACAGCUGUUUCAGAAGAAGUCUGUUGAUGUUGGCAAAUCAGACGUAAUAUUUAAACAUAUUUGUUUCUAUGCCCAUCCUUAAUAAAUAUAUUGGUUACUUGG